ACUGGACCAUGUGGUCCAUGCACUGAGAUCCAUUAUGACCACAGAGGUCAAGGCUAUGUUGGGUCAGAGGUCAAUGCAGACAAUCCUGAGGUGGUGGAGAUCUGGAACCUGGUUUUCAUGCAGUACAACAGACAGGAGGACCACACCUUACGACCGUUACCGUCUGUCCAUGUGGACACUGGUAUGGGACUGGAGAGGAUGACCGCUGUCCUGUGUGGGACUAGGGACAACUACAACACUGACCUAUUCCAGCCUCUCUUUGAAGUUAUUAGAAAGACUUGCAGUUGUGUGGAGUACCAGUCUAGCGCUAGUCAUCUGGAUGUGGCAUAUAGGACAUUAGCAGAUCACGCCCGGAUGAUCACAGUUGCCAUAAGUGAUGGUCUGCUGCCCAGUGGUCAAGACCUGGGCCACAAGCUGAGAGGCAUCAUCCACCGGUGUAUCAGACUGUGCCAGGGACAGUUUCACACAGAGCCCAGAGUCCUGCUGCCGCGGCUGGUGUCAAAGGUCGUGGAAACUCUGGGUGGAGCGUUCCCAGAACUGGUAAAGACAAAGGAGAAGGUUAGAGACAUUGUGUGUGCCACCAUAGAGCUACAUGAACAAGCCAGCCAGUUGGCAGCGAAGACGUUCCGGAAGUUUCUGAACAAGGUGGGGUCGCGUAGAGAGAUAAGGGGUGAGGAACUGUUGUUGCUAGAGUCAGGUCAUUUUGGCAGUCCGAUGUCUGUGGACGCUGUGAUAGACCUGGCGGGUCAAGCAGGACUGACCGUUGAUAUCAGCGGUUAUAACACACUGGUGGAGCAGAGACAACUGGCUGUGAGCUCAGAGAGAGUCCUACUCCCACCUGACCCAGCCCAGUCUCUGGUGGUGGAGUUGUCAGCCCGCCACAUUCCUGCCACGGAGGAUGAGUUUAAAUACUGUUACUCCAGCCGGGCUGGGCAGUAUGGUAUGUAGUUGUGUGUGUUCAUGCAU